AACUUGAGGUUAAAGGUUGGGGGUGGAUGAGAAUCUAACAGAGAGAGAUAGAGUGAGAGACUAUGCAGGUAAAUUAACGAGUGAGUCAAUGAGAAGGGUUUGAAAAUGGCAGUUGGGAAUUUGCAGGCAUCUCCAGACCCACCCACAUACUCAGCCCACAUGCGUGGGUGAGAAAAAUGCCUGGAGGAGAUAUGACACGGCCAUCCUUCCUCUAUCUAGCUCUCUAAACAAUGCCAAUUCUUUGACUCUUUGUCUGCACAAUUACCCAUGUAUUUCUUCUUUCAUAUAACAGGCUAGCCAAUCCAUUCUGGCUAGUCUUUGUUUAUGUUCUCUGAGGAAACACUAGAACAUCUCUUCUUGGAUCUGCAGAAAUUCCUAUACAGUUUGCAUUGAUUUUUGCUACUCCUUAAAGGACACUGAAGGGUACUGUUGCAACUACCUGUGGGUACUGUGUGUAAUGGGUAUAGGGUCCCCUCCUUUUCUUUUGGUGCUUUUAUGGUUUUCUCAGAAUGCAUUGCCUGAUUUGUUCUAUGAAAACCAAUGAGGUUUCUUUUCUGGGUCACUUCUUUUUUUCUCGUGGUUCCUUUUUUUCAUUUAAUUGUUGCAGAAAAUAAAGAUUUGGGAAAAUCUGUGGAAAUCCCAAAAUUGCCAGAUGGAAUCUUGUGGGUUUGGAAUUUUAAUUGAAAAGGGGGAGGUUUGACCUGUAACUCCUUGUUUUUGAGAAAGCUAAUUUGUUGUUGUUCAGCUGUAAUUAGCUGGAAAGAAGUGGGUGUGGAUUGAGAUGCAUGGAGUAAUUUGGAUGAUAGAAUAAAGUGAUUUAAGUUUCUAUCUUCUAAAUUCUGGUUUGGAAAAUGCAAUAAGUGGAAGUACAUGAAUUUGGAAGAUGCUUUAAUCUCUUGAGGUUCAUAGGGUUGGUAGGAACUUAACUUGUGUGGUUUGGAUUUUGCAAGUAUUUGAAGGAAAGGCAAGAGAGAAGAGGGCUAGGGUUUAGGUAUUUUUCUUGGCAUCCCUUCAAUUGACGUUUGACCUUAGAGGAAGAAAUCCCUGAUUUUCAACUGGGUCACAGGAGAAUUUCUUAGAUUCCUCAUAAAUUGUGAUGUUCCAUCAUUGGUUCUAAAAUUUUUGGAGAGCCUUCAAGAUUUGUCUCAUGGAAGUGGGGCCUGAAGUUCACUAGAUUAGACACAGGAUAAUAGAGAUACAGGAAGUGAGGCCAUAUUAUUGUGUAGUUGAAGAGAGGCGGUGGAGAUGGCUGCAAAGCUUCUGCAUUCCUUAACAGAUGAUAACCCAGAUUUGCAGAAGCAAAUUGGGUGCAUGGCUGGGAUCUUUCAACUCUUUGAUCAUCACCAUAUCCUCACCGGAAGGCGCGUCAGCCACAAGAGGCUUCUUCCAGGUAAUUCCUACCUCAACAGCAGCCUGGAAACGAAUUCUACUAAUGUAGGCCACCGACAUACUGCAGCAGGAAAAAAUUCAAACAAGAGUGUGAAUGAGAAACAAAAAUUCUCCACAGAAUCAUCCAGAGUUUCAUUCUCAUCUUCGUCUUGUUCAUCUUCUAUGUCCUCUCUCGAAUGUAACAAAACAGCUCAACCAGAACCCUCUUCCUUUGACCAAAUCAUUUUUCCUGAAACUCACUCAAGGGAUCCAGCCAUGAACCAGUUAAGUGCCUCUCCACAAUUAGGGCGGCAAUCGCUUGAUCUUCGUGAUUUGGUCAAGGAUUCUAUGUACAGAGAAGUCCGAGGGCUGUCAGUUAAGACUACAACCAGAGAAGAAGCUAUGGGCCAUGCCGUGAAGCCUAAAGACUCUCCAAGGCCUUCACGGCCAUCCAAAUCAAUGGAUGGAUCUUAUGGAGUUGGUACCAAAGGGAAGCAAAAUGUGCCUGUUGAUCUCAAGGAGUCUCUUAGAGUUCUUGCCAAGCUUCGAGAAGCACCUUGGUAUUUCAAUGAAGCUAGAGAACUUCCACGAUCAUCAUAUGAAGCAAAAGAUGGACCUUUGCCUUCAAUUCCAAAAGAUGCUCCUCGGUUUUCUUAUGAUGGGAGGGAGAUAAACCGCUUAUCCUUUGAAUCACGAGAUACCUCCAAAGGCACCCCAAAGCUGAAAGAACUACCAAGACUUUCAUUGGACAGCAGAGAGGGUUCCAUGCGGGGUUCAAACUUUGAUUCAAGAUCAAAUUCCGUUUUGAGGAAUUUGCAGAAGGGCAGUGGCAACUCUAAAGACAAUGCCCCAAAUUUAAAGCAAAUAUCAGAGUCUCAGAAACGGCCUCCUAGCGUUGUUGCUAAGUUGAUGGGUUUGGAAGCUUUACCAGAUUCCAUGUCAGCCCAUGAUAGUCAGAUGGGGUUGAUCAGAACCUGCCCAAUCCAGGAUUGUGAUCACUUCUCAAGGUCACCUAAAACACCUGAUCCAAGUAGUAGGCCAAUCCAGAUGCCCUACUCCCCUAGAAGCUCAUGGAAGGAACCAACUUCACCAAGGUGGAGAAAUCCAGAUUCAGUCAUGAAACCUAUCUCAAGUUCAAGGUUUCCCAUUGAACCAGCACCAUGGAGACAGCAGGAUGGAAGUUGGGGUUCUCUAAAACCAGCUUCUAGGAAAGCUCCAGCAAGGGCACCAAAUUCCUUCCCAUCUGUGUAUAGUGAGAUUGAGAAAAGAUUGAAAGAUCUUGAAUUUAAACAAUCUGGGAAGGAUCUAAGAGCUCUUAAACAAAUAUUAGAAGCAAUGCAGGCAAAGGGACUCUUGGAGACCAGAAGAGAAGAGCAACCUUCCAACUUUGGAACUAAAAGAGAUGAGCCAAAAUAUACCAGCUUUGAUCAGAAGGUAAGACUGGCAAGCCAACGAAAACCUCAACAUGAUACUGUUUGUGCUGCCACUGCUGGGGGGGCUAAGUCUCGAAGGAGUUUUGAUUCCCCAAUUGUGAUCAUGAAACCAGCCAAACUAGUUGAGAAAUCUAGUAUUCCUGCUUCCUCGGUAAUUUCAAUUGAUGGUUUUUCCAGUUUCCAUAAGCCUCAGGGUGGCAACUUUGCAGAUAACAGAAAAGAUUCAGUUAAUAGCCAAACAGCUAAAGUUUUGACUCCUAAAAUUAGUAGCAGAGAUCAUGUUACUAGUUCCAUUGAUAAGAGAAGCAAUGUCAGAAACUCAAGAGCAGCACAAACUCCAACAAGGCCUCAACAGUUGCCUAAAGAAAAUACCUCAAGCUCAGUAAAGAGCUCAGGAUCUGUAAGCCCAAGACUACAGCAAAAGAAGCUCGAGUUAGAGAAGCGAUCUCGACUGCCCAGCACUUCAUCUGAAUUGGGCAAAUCAAGAAGGCAAUCCCACAAGCUGCCAACAGAAUCAAGUUCGCCGGGAGGAAAACGCAGACCAAAAUCUCCCAACUUGCAGCAAAGUGAUGACCAACUGAGUGAGAUAAGUAGCGAAUCAAGAAACUUGAGUUACCAGGGAGAUGACAUUUCUGUGCAUUCAGACAGCAACAUGGAAUUCACCAGUACUGAACAGUCUACUGAGAUCAAUGGCUGCCGGAGUCCAUCCAUGAAGGCUGCCAAUUGUCCAACUUCUGGCUUAGUAAAGAAAAAAUCAACUCCAAGGUUGGCCGAAGAUGUGUCAUUGGCAGAACUUGCUACAAUUGCCCCCGAGCAGCCCAGCCCUGUCUCUGUUCUUGAUGCUUCAGUGUACAGAGAUGAUGCACCAUCUCCUGUGAAGCAGACACCAACUGCUCUGAAAGAUAAUGGGAGUUGGAAUUCCAGCAACAAUCAUGAUGAAGAGCAAUGGAAGCUGAAGGAUGAUAUCUUAUCUAACAGCACAGGAUCAGGCCUUACCUCUGAGAUCAACCGCAAAAAAUUACAAAAUAUUGAACAUUUGGUCCAGAAGCUUAAACAACUAAAUUCCACUCACGAUGAAGCCAGCACAGAUUACAUUGCAUCACUCUGUGAGAACACAAACCCAGACCACAGAUACAUUUCUGAGAUAUUGUUAGCUUCAGGUCUCCUCCUCAGAGACCUUGACUCCAGCCUCACAACCUAUCAGUUCCACCCGUCAGGGCACCCAAUCAACCCUGAGUUAUUCUUUGUUCUGGAGCAAACCAAGGGUAGCACUUUGAUCUGCAAAGAAGGCUGCUCUGGAACAGUUUCCAAUCUGAAGCCUGACCAGGGAAAAUUUCACCGUAAACUUAUAUUUGAUGCUGUUAAUGAGAUUCUUGUGGGAAAGUUAGCUCUGGCAGGGCCCUCUCCUGAACCAUGGAUAAAGCCUGACAAACUGGCAAGGAAGACAUUGAGUGCACAAAAGCUUCUAAAAGAAUUGUGUUCAGAGAUAGAGCAGCUUCAAGCCAUCAAAUCAGAGUGCAUCAUAGAGGAGAAGGAGGAUGAUUUUAAAAGCAUCUUAUGGAAGGAUGUAAUGCAUGGAUCCGAGAGUUGGACAGAUUUUUGUGGUGAGAUUUCUGGGGUAGUUUUGGAUGUUGAACGUUUGAUCUUCAAGGAUUUGGUUGAUGAGAUUGUCAUGGGUGAGUCGACUAGUGCGCGAGCCAAUCCUGGUAGGCGUUGCAGGCGGCUGUUUGCAAAGUAGCAUUGUUCCACUCUUUCUUCUUUUCAAUCAUCUCAACCUGUUCUGUUCUUUUUUGUUUGUAAUUUUUUGUGCAAAAGCAUAAUCAUUCAUGGAUAAGAAAUGCAGUUCUAUGCUGGGUUGUAAAGAAAAUCCUUUCUCAGUGUAUUACAACAUACAUAAGAAUCAAUAUAAUUACUGUUUUUGGCUUCA